AUGUACCAUACCGAGCUCGGGCCUGAUCUCGACAUUGGUGAACUGCUAGGGGUUCGAUUUUCGGACAAUAUAGGCCAGGAGGAAACAACGGAUGGCUCCGCCAACAACCCAGGUAACGCUGCGAUUGUCACUAACCUUGCUCGCGACAUCGACAUUCCAACAAUUGAUCUACUCGCAGAUGUGGCGGAAGAGAGUUUUGAGUCUGCAUCAGAUAAAGCAUGCGCCGAUACUGCCAGACUCCUCUUUCUCGAAGAACAGCUAUCUCGUACCUCAAAAACGAUAGAGCCCCUGGUUGCCACGCAAGCAGGUCCGAUACUGCUAUGCGGACUUUGCGCAGAAGUCGAAACUGUUGGCGACGCUGAAAAGGAAAAGGAAUGGAGAUCCAAAUCGUCCCUCCAACGCCACCAGGAUGGCCAAUUCCACGUACCACAAACUCGUUGGUACAGACAAAUGAGAUUUGACCACCCUGAUGGCGAAUUUCGUUGCCAUUAUCGUUGCUGUCCGAAGAAAUUCAGUCUCUCAAGGAGCACGUACUCCGAGCGGCAAGAAGCAUCUACAACGAUGAGCAUGCGAGAGACAACCGGGAAGCAGGCUAGCCAGAAGCAGAAUUUUUCGAGUCCAAGAUGCCGGUCGAGAUAUUGCAAGAGAGGAGAGAGUACAAGAAAGAGAGAAGGGCCAGCAAAGGCCAGGUGGUCGUAG